AUGGCUGUGGACGGUACAGACGAGAAUAAUUUGGAACAAGGUAUUUACACAAAAGAUGCAGCCCGUCUUCGAAAGAAUGAUCGCCGCAGAAGAUCUUUAUCUGAUCGCAGUCUGUCUCAGAAGUGUGGAGCCUGGGCCUCACAUUUCCAGCGGCUCUUUGUGUCGUUUAUCGGAGCGGAUUGGAUCUUCCUCAUGAUCCUGGGGUUCAUCAUGGCCGUGUUCAGCUUUACUAUGGAUAUCUUUGUUGACCUCUUCACAGAGACACACAGGUGGAUCUACGAUCUUGCAGACAGUCAUGUUGUCUUGCAGUAUUUGGCGUGGGUCGCUUAUUCUCUGUUUCUAAUGUGUUUCGCAGCAGGAUUUGCAAACAUAGUGUCAGUUCAGGCCGCUGGGUCUGGGAUUCCUGAAACCAAGACGUCUCUGAGAGGAGUGAUGCUGCAGGAAUAUUUCACCUUCAAAACAUUAGUGUCCAAAGUCAUCAGUCUGACCUGUGUGCUCGGAAGUGAAUUACCUGUGGGCAAGGAGGGUCCGUUCGUGCAUGUCGGCAGUGUGUGUGCUGCUCUUCUCUGCAAAUUCAUGUCGCUCUUCAGUGGCAUUUAUAAGAAUAAGGCCAGAAACGAGGAGAUGCUGACGGUCGGAUGUGCUGUGGGAAUUGGCUGCUGCUUCGCUGCUCCUAUUGGAGGUGCGUUAUUCAGCUUAGAGGUCACAUCUAUGUUUUUCGUCGCACGAAACUACUGGCGUGGAUUUCUGUCUGCUACGUUCGGUUCCUUCAUCUUCAGACUUCUGCCGGUGUGGAACAGACAGGAAGAGACACUUACGGCUCUUUAUGCAACAAAAUACAGGCUGGACUUUCCUUUUGACCUGCAGGAGCUUCCCAUCUUUGCUGCGAUGGGGAUCGUAUGUGGCUUUGGUGGCGCCUUCUUUGUGUAUUUGUAUGGAAAGAUUUCUCUGUUUGUGAAGAAGCAGAAAGCCACGAACAGCUUCCUCAUGAAGAAUUGUUUCUUAUAUUCCGCUUUGGUCUCUGUGCUGAUUUCAACGCUCACUUUCCCUCCAGGCUUUGGGCAGUUUAUGGCUGGACGGCUCACACAAAGGGAUUCCUUGAUUUCAUUUUUUGACAAUCGUACCUGGUCAAAUCAUUGCAUCGUAGCAGACUUUGAUCAUGACGAUCACCUAGCCGCCUGGAAACAUCCGCAGGCUAACGUCUUCGUUAUUCUCUCCGCCUUCGUCAUCAUGAAGUUCUGGAUGUCUGCUCUUUCCAUAACCCUUCCUAUACCAUGUGGUUCCUUCGUUCCCAUUUUCGUCAUUGGUGCUGCGUUUGGCCGUUUGGUGGGUGAAGGUUUGGCCACGUUGUUUCCCGAUGGAUUUAACAUUGAUGGACACAUAUACCACAUAGUGCCCGGAGCGUAUGCUGUUAUAGGAGCGGCAGCGUUAACGGCAGGAGUCACUCACACGAUCUCGACUGGCGUGAUCAUGAUGGAGUUGACGGGUCAGAUCAAUUACGCUCUGCCCAUCCUCAUCUCUGUGAUUCUGGCCAACAUGGUCUCUCAGAGUCUUCAGCCUUCCAUCUAUGACACGGUUAUCCGCAUUAAAAAGCUGCCUUACCUGCCCAUGCUCAGCUGGGGCCACCGAGAGAAGUAUGAUAUUUAUGUGGAGGACUUUAUGAAAAGAGAAGUUCGUUAUAUCACGCUGAACUCCACCUACAGAGACGUAAUCAAGAUCCUACGUUCAGGAAAUCUGAAAACACUGCCUUUGGUGAAAUCUGCAGAGUCAAUGCUCUUGCUGGGUUCUGUCGAGCGCGCUCAGUUACUGGGGCUCUUAAUGCAGCGAUUGCAACACCUGCGAGAGGAAAAUGCAUCCACCAUGCCUGUCAGAUACAAGGUUCACUUCCAGACGUCCACAGAAGAAUCUGCAUCCGCUUCAACCACUAAACCUCUGAAAUCUGCUCUGAAGAAGCCGUCUGUAGAUGAAGAAGAGAUUACAAGUGUUUAUGAUUCUGGCCUCAACUUAAAGAAGUUCUUCUGUUCUCGUCCUGACAUCGAGGCAAUGGAGGUGAGACAUCCAGCACACACUAAUGUGCUCCAGAAAUUUACAGAGUGGGAGGAGCAACAGAUGGACGAGCAGGUGAACUUCAACAGCUGCAAGAUUGACCCCGCCCCCUUCCAGCUGGUGGAGCGCACUUCACUGCACAAGACUCACACCAUGUUUUCUGUGUUGAAUCUGGAUUACGCUUACGUCACCAGCAUCGGACGACUUGUCGGAGUUGUUUCACUGAAAGAGUUGCGUGAAGCGAUCGAAGGCUGCAUGCCGGCAGACGGUGUGAGGUUGCGUCCUGUUAUGUCCACUUUCAGAGACCGAGGCGUUCGAGGAACCAGGACCGAAACCAUCGAACUCCACCAACUACUGGAGCAUCAGAUCAGCUGA